AUGAUGAGAACAACAACCCAUUGCUCAUUGGCAUCGUCAUGCUUGCGACAACCCUUUCUUCCGGUGAUGAAUAUUUUUUGGAAGACUACUACUAGUAGUGAGGAGAAUCAUCUUUUCUUUGCAAAGAAUUCAGUUCAUCGUUCUUUUAGUACCCCCUCUUUAUUGAUUCAACAACAACAACAAGGUAAUGUUAACUCUAAUGAUGGCCGACAACAACAGUUCUCCUCCUCCUCUCAACAACAACAACACCACCAUACGUAUUCCGAUGAAUCAUCCUCAUCCUCUCAGCAAUAUAUUGAUCCCGAAGUGAUUCGGUCCAUUCAUCAAAGAAUUCAUGAAUAUUCCCAGAGAGUACAACAAGCUCGCUCCGAGGAUCCAACAGCCUCUUUCAAAAGUGUUCUCUCUCCACAAGAACAAAAAGAUUUGGCCUCAUGCUACAAUAAUUUAGGGUUUUACUGUUUGCAAAAAUUGAACAAGACAAAGGAAGCCUUGUUUUACUUUUUACAAAGUCUUCAACUCAAUUAUAAUAAUGAUCCAAUUAUUGUCUACAAUGCAGCCUCCUUAUUUGAAAGAGAAGGAAAUAAGCCGGACUCUGCUGCUGAAUUAUAUUUGAGGGCCAUACGAAUUGAUCCUUACUUUGUGGAUGCCAAAAUUCAUUUGGCCAGAAUUUGGGCAGCAAAUGCCGAAGAAAGUUCUCGAUUUCAGGGAGCUGAGUACUUGUUAAAGGAUCUCAUGAAUACACAUAAUCAUUUUGGAGCAGUCUUGGAAUUGGCAAUGUUAUAUUCUAGAAAGGGAGAGCAUUUUGAACAAUAUAGAGAACAAGCGCUUUUCAUGUUGGACAUGUUACUGAAAAAGUUUGAAGAUGGAGAAGAUCAGGAAGUGGACUUUAAGAAAACACAAAUAUUAGCACCUGCUUCAUACAAGAACGAGUUGAUCUCUCAUUUGGAUUCAUACAUGGCUGGCUACAGAAAUAGUGACAUGGAAAAAAACAAAACACUCCUACUUGAAGAUCCUUCAUCUGGACGAGUCGUCAAUUUACCACUCGAAGGUGAUGACGAAAAUACAGAUGAGUCGUUCCCAUCAUUUGAAGUGUCAGACGGAUCGUAUCGAUUUCAUGCUCAAGAUAAUGAAGUAGUGUCAGCCUUAGAUGCCAUCAAUGUCAAAGCCUAUUUAUUGAAGAAAUUCCAACGACAAUUCGAAGCUAAACAAUUAUUCGAUAGUAUCAUUCAAAUUAUUGAGACGAAGGACUUUUCAACUACAUUCGCAAAACUCUUUUCGAAUUUGUCACCCAAAGCAAUGGCAGAGCUCUAUAUGAAUUGUGCCAUUUUGAGCAAUGGCAUGGGUGAGGUCGACCAAAGUAUUGCACUCCUUGAGAAAGCUUUUGAUAUAACGAAAGGAAAGGACGCAAAUGUGAUGGCUUGUUUGGCUCUAUACACUCAGGAAAAGAACCCACAAGUUUCUGAUUUGCUUUUCAAACGAGUGAUUUCUCUUGAGCCAGAGGAAUUUCAACACUACAUUGCUUACAGCUCUUUCCUUCAUCAUCAAUCCAGGACGAAUGAUGCCAUUCGUCUUCUUGAGAGAACCAUGAAGAAAUAUCCACACAUGCAAGACACGCUUCAAAGACAAUUGGACAUGAUACGUGGUAAAGGAUCCAGUGACAUGUUUGAUUUAUUUGGGGGAGGUUUUCCAAUGAAUCAAUAG